CUAAACUAGUGCACUUACUUUGCUUAAAUCAAAACAUUUGCACAAACCUGCAGUGUGUCCAGAGCCGUGUUGGCAUGGUGACAGUUCUUCAGUAGUCAAGUACAAGCAUCAUUUUUUUUUUUUUUUUUUUUUUUAAAUCUGCUGUGCUUAUACAUAAUUGCACUAUUGUAAUUUUGCUUUUUACAUAAAGGUAAAAGUACAUAUCGAAAUAAGUUCUCAUGCAUGAGCUUGUUGAGAAGUAAGGCUUCAGGGACUUGUUGCAGGCGGGUGGGUUGUAAUGAUUAUCAAUUUACAAAUAUUAAAUGUAUCAUCUUUUGCUUUUGACUAAGGUCUACACAACUGUACGACAGUGUAGUUUAAAUUCUUUCAGCUCGUUUUUAUCUUGGAAUAAAAUUUAAUUUCAAAACCCAUUUUUUUCUCAGAUUCUAAUUCUCAGAUGUUCUUACUAUUAUAAAUGCAAUCGAUCAUGAUCAGUUUAAAAAAAAAAAAGAAUUGCACUUGAACAUCAGUUCAAUGACUCAACAACAAUGACUCAAUUUCCACAUCUCAUUUUGCAAAAAAACGUUGACCGAAAUGCAUUUAAUGCACUCGAUUGUGCAACUGUAUUGAAAACGUAGUCUGCUUUGACAACCAACCUCAAAUUUAACACACAAAAAAAUAUAUAAUAAAAUAGGUAAUGUACCAAAUAUCAGAGCAAGAUGAGCCACAGAAGUAAAAGUGUUCUCUCUCUCUCUCACACACACACACACACACACACACACACACACACACACACACACGUCUUGUAAAAUUAAAUUUGAGUCAUUUGGUAACAAUCUCACAUUUACAUAAGCCUUUUGUUAGAUGCUAAUUGCUUGCCUCAAUUAACCCUGAAUAAUGAUUGGCUGUGAAUGUGCAUCAAGUCGCAUUAAGAGUGCGAUGCUCAGACACGCUUUAUGCCCAGCGGCAGAGUGCGGAGCCCGCAGGCACCCUGAAGUGGACGAUACAGGGAUUAGAAGGGCGCAGGGAACAGCCAAGACUCCAACACGUUUACCUCUAGUGCACUCGUCCGCUCUCCCUUUUACUCAAUUACAGCCACACAAUUACUGAAUAAAGAACGUUGAGCUCAUAACAAUGCAUAGAAAGCAAACAGAAAUCCACCUUAAAUGGCAAGAAGCGGACCGAGAUAAGUUUGUUUUUUAAUUCACUCAUCUAAAAAUAUCUACACGCUAGUCUUGCUCUUGUAACGCUCCCUCUCUUUCUCUCACACUCUCUCGUACCGAAGCCCACCUCUCAGUUGCCCUCCCCCAAAAGAGUGUCAUCAUGACACGUAGCUUUGAAAUACUCUGACAGGCACAGAAUUGCUCACACUGGUGCUAAGCAUUGAAGAAGCCAGACUAUUGACUAGGAAAUGUGUCAUUUUAUUGCUUUGCUCAUCUCACGUUAACAAAUGGAGUGAUGGCAGCUGAAUAUCCUUGCACUGAUGUGACUGAGGCACACAGGGAGUGAAAUCACCAACCUCGCCAGGGGAAAAGAUGGAAAGGAUUACUAUAAACGGGACAUCUUGAUCUUUUUCGCCACCUGAGGUGGUCCGCAUCAGAUUUCAGCGAGGUGACCCGCAGAUCAACUGUUUCACAUUCAGCAUCACUCUCUCAAUGCACUUGAAAAACGCUGGAUGUGUGUUCGCUUCUUCAAGACCACAGGAAGCGCACACAGUCCUAUUCAACUCUCCGAUGAUGAGUGGCUCACCUAUCCCUCGAGUAGAGGCAGCAUCAGGUGCGGAUGUUCACAGGAGCUUCAAUGACAGCGGUACUAUCGGUGAUGGCUGGAGUAUUAGUGGCAGCGGUCCCUGGCUUCUCGCAGUCAUGCUGUCCCUCAUAAUUCUGGUGACAGCUUGUGGGAACAUUUUGUUGAUCGCCUUGGUGUUUGCACAUCGGUCGCUGCGCUGCACCUCCAAUUGCUUCCUGGUGUCCCUCUUCCUGUCAGACUUGAUGGUGGCUCUGGUCGUGAUGCCCCCUGCCAUGCUCAACGUGCUGUGUGGGACCUGGGUGCUGGCGCCCGGAUUCUGCCCCGUCUGGCUUUGCUUCGACGUGAUGUGCUGUAGUGCUUCCAUCCUCAACUUGUGUGUCAUCAGUCUGGACCGCUACCUCCUCAUCAUCUCUCCGUUGCGAUACAAGCAGCACAUGACCCCGCCUCGUGCCUUGCUUCUGGUGGGUGGGGCUUGGGGGUUGGCAGCCCUCACUUCCUUUCUGCCGAUCAAGAUGGACUGGCACAGCCUGGGUCGCACCCAAGACCUUGCCGAGAACGAUCCCGCCAACGCCACGGUCUCGCAGUUGAGUUCCUUCUACCCCUCUUCGUACUUCCAGCUUUCCACGUCAGGGACGCCGUCCACGCAGUGCCGCCUGCGAGUGACUCUCCCCUUCGCCCUCGUGGCAACCUUUCUCACCUUCUUCUUGCCCUCUACGGCCAUCUGUUUCACCUACUGCCGGAUCCUGCUGGCGGCCAGAAGACAGGCACGACAGGUGGAGGCUCUUACUCAUCCCGCUUACCCACAUCACUCACCCGGCGAACCAUCUCGUCCUCCUUCUCCCGGACACGCCGUCCAGGAUGGAGACGACUACAGCCAUCAGGAGCCACCCGUGUUGCGGCAAGCUCCGCUGUCGGUGAACAGUGAGCGCAGACUGGCACACAGGCAAAGGAAGAGAGCUCUGAAAGCCAGUCUUACUCUGGGAGUCCUCCUGGGUCUCUUCUUCAGUGCCUGGCUUCCCUUUUUUAUCACCAACAUGGCACAGGCGGUGUGUGAGUGCGUACCACCCUCCUUCUUCGAUGCCAUCACCUGGUUGGGGUACUGUAACAGCACCAUGAACCCAAUUAUAUACCCAAUGUUCAUGAGGGAUUUCAAAAGGGCUUUGGCACGGCUUCUACCCUGCUGUUCUUCAUCUCAAGCCCCUCGUAGGCCAUCGCUGCCACUUUCCCUUUCUCUACGCAACUCAGGGGAGCCACAACUGCCCACUGAACCCCCCUCCCUUGUGUCCGACCCGCCUCAACUACCGGCGACGGCCACGGACGCCGUUAACCUUCUCGACGCAGAACACGCCAGGAUCGACCUGCCUCUGCUGCUGCCCAACCAGGUCGAUACAUUAGACGAUUGAUACGCCAACCGAGACAACAAAAGAAGUGCAAUAUACUGUGAACGGCAAGAUGUGAGACUUAUAAUUAUAGGUUUUUGAAAAAAUGUGUUGAAAUGUACCAUGCUAAAAAAAAAAAAAAAUCAAUGGGAUAGUCGUGCCUAAACUGCAAGGCUGCAUCGCUCCUCAAGGCAGAUCAGGGAGAUUGUACAUUUAGAACGGACUUAACACGCAUCCCGCUUCAUUCAUUACCAUAACAACCAAAACAACAGAUGGAUAAAGCAGACGAGAGCGAAAGAAAUCUCACUAAUACCUCACACAAUGUCAAGUGGGUUGUCUGUGGAGCUGUAAUUCACAUCUUAAUUAAACAACAAACCACUUCUAAUGAAGGGGGCAAAUGGUGUAUACAGAAUACUGACAGUUUUCACAUUGCAGUUUAUCACAAAUUAUAUUUUGCAGUGCUUAAAAAAAAAAAUCAAUAUUAAUUAGAGAUGAUAUCCAUAAAUAACUUAAAGAUAUUAUUAGACAAUUCCAGAAUGACAAAAAGCCAAGGUUCCAGUUGGUUCUAGCUUAUACUGAUAACUUACACCCUUUGGGUGGUGUCUAGAUGGUAACUCUUCUUCUGCUAAAAGUCUUGUGAGAUUCACGUGACAUUUAAACACUGUGUUUAUUUGAGUCCCACAGCAACCCUACGCCCAACCCUUAAUCUUGGUAGCAGCAAAUCUCAGGAGUUUCUUGGAACGAGGUUUACCAUCUAGACCCGACCCACAUUUUGUGAGGUGUGAAUUAAGGAAAUGUCACGAUUUCAUUGCACUUGGCUCAGAACCAGCAGGUUUGCCAUUGAUUAACUGCUCCUGUGCUUCAGUGUGCAACAGAUAAGCUGUGUUUGUGCUUAAAAAAAAAAAAAAUCCAAAUUAUUUAGAAAU